CGACCCCAGGCCAGAGGGGUGAGAUCCAUCCCCUCCCUCCACGGUUUCCACUCUCCACCGUCCCGUACCUGUACCCUUCUUUCCCCUCCCAGUCAUCCUCUUCCUCUCCCGAGUCCUGACCUACCCAAGCAAGCUCCAAUCCGACCCGAUGCGGCUCUAGAACAUCUCCUACAGUCUGCCGUGCCCUACAGCCGCCGCCGUGCCGUAGCUUAGGUCACCGCCGACGCCUGACCCCCCAACCCGUCCGACCUGGCACGCGCGUCGCCGCCGUCGCCGUUCCCGUUCCGCCUCAUCGCGUCGCCGCUAUCUCAACCCCGCCCGCCAUCCUGGCGGUCUGUGAGCUUUAUGGCGCCGAGUGAUUAGAUAAACCCCACCGAUCUCCACAAAUUUUGGGCGUGCCGCGCAAAUUGGGUGUGCUGCUGCACACCCGGCACACCAUCUAGAUCCAGCGCUAUCAUGGCUGUCUACUAUAAGUUCAAGAGUGCCAGAGACUAUGACUCGAUCCCUAUCGAGGGGCAGUUCAUCUCGGUUCUCAACCUCAAGGAGAUGAUUUUUGAGUCCAAGCACCUUGGCAGAGGCACUGAUUUCGACCUCAUGAUCUCGAAUGCCCAGACUGAUGAAGAGUAUGCUGAUGAAUCUAUCAUGAUACCAAAGAACACUUCAGUGUUGAUUCGCCGGAUACCAGGACGCCCAAGGAUGCCAAUCGUUACUGAACCAAAAGAGGCAAUAGCUGCAGAAAAUAGGGUAGAAGAAAUCGUGCCUUCUGGCAGCGCUUUUCUUGGUGAUUCAUCUAUGAAAUAUCCUGAAGAAUCUGAGUGGGAUGAUGAGUUCGGCAACUCUUUAUAUGUUUCUGAUUCAGUUCCCUCUCAGCCUGCUAGCCAGGCAAUUGACGCUUCUUCUGAAAAUCAAAUUGACGAAGAUAGUAAGAUAAAAGCCCUUAUUGAUACAGCAGCCGUUGACUAUAGCCAAAUUCCUGACGGCUAUGGAUCCGGAAGAGGUUAUGGCAGAGGAAUGGGUGGGAGAAUGAUGGCUGGGCGCGGUUUUGGACGUGGGAUGGGUCGGCUAGAUAACAGGUCACCUCCUCCUGGCUAUAUUUGUCAUAGAUGUAAAGUACCAGGUCAUUUCAUUCAACAUUGCCCAACAAAUGGUGAUACUAGAUAUGACGUUAGAAGGAUGAAACCUCCAACUGGCAUCCCAAAAUCCAUGUUAAUGGCAACUCCAGAUGGCUCAUAUGCACUGCCAAGUGGGGCUGGUGCUGUUUUGAAGCCAAAUGAAGCUGCUUUUGAGAGGGAGAUAGAGGGCCUACCCACCACCCGAUCUCUCAGUGAUCUCCCGCCAGAGUUGCGUUGCCCGUUGUGUAAAGAAGUAAUGAAGGAUGCCGUUCUAACUAGUAAAUGCUGCUUUAAGAGUUUCUGUGAUAAAUGCAUUAGGGACUACAUAAUUAACAAGUCAAUGUGUGUCUGUGGUGCCACAAGCAUAUUAGCAGACGAUCUUCUCCCCAAUAAAACUCUAAGAGAAACCAUCAGUCGCAUAUUAGAGGCACCACCAACUAGCAGUACAGAAAACGCGGGAAGCAUGGUGCAAAUACAGGACAUGGAGUCGGCUCUACCUGUACCACCCAAGGUUAGGUCUCCUGCUGUUUCUGCUGCUUCAAAAGAAGAACCUAAAGCACUGAUGCCGGUAGAGGAAUCUCCAGAUGCUGAGAGCCAGAGCGGAUUGAAAGCUAACAUUGAUGUGAGUUCUUCAGAUAAUAAGGUUACCACAAUUCCAGAUAUCACUGAAGGGACAAUGGACUCUAAGAACAGCAAAAAAGAAAAAACACCAGAAAUGAUUCAUGUCGCAAAAGAGUCACAGGAAAAAUUGCCUGCAGGUGAACAAGCAGUAAAGAAGAAAAAGAAGAAGAAGGUGCGAGCACCAGGGAAUGCCGAGGAGCAAUGGAAUAAUAAUUAUCAAGAUUUUGGACCUGAAAAUUUUGCUGGAAUGCCUUUGGGCCCGCAAGGAGGUUUUAACCCUUACUGGGGAGGAGGGAUGCCAUUGCCAAUAGAUUACAUGGGUGCACCAUUUCCAGGUCCCAUGCCUUAUAUGGGCUAUCCUCCACCAGGUCCAUUUGAUCCUUUUGGUGGGGGAGUUCUUCCACAAGAUCCAUUUAUGCCCCCGGCAUACAUGAUGCCAACAGUUCCUAGGGACCUUUCUGAAUUAGCUGUUAACAGUAUGGGAAUGAACAUGGGGCCACCAGUUGUGAGAAGAGACGAAUUUGAGCCCAGGAAACCAGAUGGAAGGAGACGUGAAAUGGAUCGAUUAAACGGAAGGGAUCGGGAGCGGGAUCGGGAGCGUGAACAUUCCCGCGAGAGGGAAAGGGAGCGGGAGAGGGAGAGGCAGAGGGAGCGAGACCGUGAUGGUGAUCGAGACCGAGACCGAGACCGGGGCAGGGAGUAUCGAAGGGAAGCAAGGGAAUCAUCAGGAGCCGUAAACGAUAGUACAUCGAUGAGACCUAAGGAUAGGUCGAGGCCCCAGGCGGACAGGUCGGAGCGCGCCCUGCCGCCGCCCCCACACAGCCCCGACCGGCACUCGCGUCGCUCCCCGCACCGCUCCUCCAGCUCCGGCAAGAAGCGCUCCUCGUCGGACCGCUACGACGAUCUGCCUCUCCCGCCUCCGCCGCCUCCUGCGUCGCGGCACGAGGCAGAGCACGCGAAGGCGGCGGCUGCUGCAGCAGACCAGCGGUCCAAGGCCAAGGCCAGCGUCUUCUCCCGCAUCAGCUUCCCCGGCGAGGCUAACACGUCCGACCCCAAGCGCAGCCGCAGGUCGUCCUCCGACAAGCGCCCUGCAUCCUCGUCGUCUUCAUCCAAGAGAAGCGUAGCUGCCGCCGCAGCUGCCGAGGAGAGCGACAGUCGUCAUCACCACCAGGAGACGGUCUUGGCGGCGGAGGAGGAGAGGCGGAGAUCCGCGCCUACCGACUACGACGACGAGGAGCAGUCGAGCGAGGAGGAGAAACAUUUCAAGAGGAGGCCGUCGUCCUCCAGGCGGGAGGGGGAGCGCGAGCGGCAGCACGAGGAGCCGCGGCACUCGCGGCGGUCUAGGGAGCGCGGGGACGGCCACCACCACAACCACAGCCACAGCGGUGGCGGCCACAAGCGCCGGUGAGGUGAUGGAAGAAUCAAAGGGGAACCCACCUGCGGCUGCCGCCCCCUUCUCCGAUGACGGGGCGUCUGUGAUGAUAAGCGCGCCGCGAGCGCGCCUCCUAGUACGUGUCUGGAGAAGAGCUGUGUCUGCGCUCUGUUUCUUUUCGUGUUCUCUUUCGGUCUUGUACAUUGACGACCUUCUGGGAUUUGGAGUUUAUUAAUCAAAUGAUCAGAUGAGAUGAUGAUUAUAAUAAAAAUGAUUUCAUUAUGCAUU